AUGCCACCCAUCACUGGACUUGCCAUACCGGUGUAUCGCGCAUCACCGGAGCGGCCACUCACAUCGCCAGCGCGACCACCUACAAAAUCACGCUACCAGCCUAGAUAUUACCACGAUGCACCACUUCCGAUCAGACUGUCAGAUCAUGCACCUCGCCAAGCAAAGAUCACAGGUCGAGUCGCAACACCAGACAAAGUCGCGUACUCCAUAGAGAUCGGCCGUAUGACUGUGGACGACAUCGGCAUAGACGAGGUUCUGGACUAUGUAUCUCCAUACGAACUGGAACGUUUCGAGACACAGCAAUUCGAAGAAGAAAUCGAGAUGGACAGAAUUGUCCAGGAGGCAGCAAAUGCAGAGGCUGAACGCAAGCUGGAGCGGCGAAAGCUCAGAGCUCAACGGAAGGGUGUUGUGAUCUUCCAGGACCUGGACGACGAUCCCGCAGAACCCCAAGAACCCGUGGACGCUGGUAAAUAUGGUCGCGCUCGCCCCACCUACAAGCACAUGUUCAAGAAGAUGAAGCAGCGUCAACGUCGGAAGCGCGAUCCGCUUACAGGCGAACUCAUGCCAUUGAGUGGUGAUGAGGACGAAGGGGCUGCGGAUCUUGAAAGCAGCUCUGGAGGGGAGCAACUUGCACCGGCGACAACGCAGGCUGGACUACCCGAACCUCCCAAGCGCAGACGUAGGAAGCGUGACCCUCAUACUGGAGCGCUGCUACCUCUGGAUCCAGAACCACAGCAAUCCGGAUCGAGAAACAGAGACGAGCUUGACGAGGAGCUCGCACUUGGCGUGCCGUAUAAGCGUCCACGCCGCAGACGACAUCCGAUAACAGGGGAGUUGAUGCCGCUUGGUUGGCGCUACGACCCCAAAGCAGAAGACGAACGACGUGGAAGUGGCGCUGGUAAUGCAAGUGUGGAGUCCAUGAGGCGGUCGAGUAUCGUUCGUGAGCCAGAAGCGAAACGUCCUAGACUGGCAUCGGCAUCAGCAUCAUCUUCCGACCCCCGAGCACAAUCUGUUGAUCCACUUCGAUCAUUCACGAAUGCCGACGGAAAGCAGCCUACAUCAUCAUCAAAGUCGAGCAACAUUGUCGCGGAGCUAAACUCUUCUAGCUUAGAUGAGUCGGAAGAUCAGUUGCAACGCCCAUCACCCACCAAACCAACUCCGACUGGCAAGACAUCUAUGAUGCAGCCGAACCAUAAGUCAGCAGUCUCAUCAGCUGCUGCGUCUUCUCGAGCAGACUCUUCGCCGGAACCAAUUACGCUAGCUUCGUUCUUGAAAUCAUCGAAGAAGCCAGGUGAAGAAAAGGUAAGCUCGGACGAGAGCUCGUCGUCGAGCAGUGCCGCCCAGGUCAAGAAGAUGCCCACGCCAGGGAAGACCAGCAUCAUGAACCCAACUGGCUCUCAGACAGCGAAGGGGGUGGAGGAGGACACGGAAGAAGAUGACCUCGAUGAAGAUGAGUACAUUGUCGAGUCCAUUCUUGAUCACCAUUGGAGCGAUCCACGAAGCCACCCUGGCAAAGAAUCGACUCUGCUCUACAAGACAAAGUGGGAAGGCUUUCCUGAUCCCACAUGGGAGCCCGCAGAGAGCUUUCCCGAUGUUGGUGUCAUCGCAUCAUAUCGAAAGCAUGCCGGCUUGGAUCAACCAGAGAAGACUCAGAUCUCUACCUUGGUGACUAACAUGCAGAAGAAGGAGGCAACCGCCAAAGGCAAAGCCGAUAUCAGACCGUUCCUCAAGACUGCCGCUGCGCCCCAGAAAGCAGACACCGCAUCAGAAGAUGACGAUGAAGACGAAGACGAAGACGAGGAGGAUGAGGAGGCUUAUGAAGUUGAACGCAUCUUGGCCCAUCAGAAAUCCGAUCCGCGAACGCACCCCGGCAAGCCCAUAGCCAUGCUAUAUCAGACGAAGUGGAAAGGGUACGCAAAGCCAACAUGGGAGCCGGCCGAUAGCUUCACAGACCGUAAGAUGCUUCACGACUACCAGCGAAAAGCCGGCUUGAGGUCUUGA